UUCCUCCCUAUAAUUUGGAAUGUGAGUGGAGGGGAGUCAUAGUUCUCCCUGAGUGAGACUUGCCUGCUACCCUGGCACCUGGUCCUGUCCUGUUCUCCAGCAUGGUGUGUCUGAGGCUCCCUGGAGGCUCCUGCAUGGCAGCUCUGACAGUGACACUGAUGGUGCUGAGCUCCCCACUGGCUUUGGCUGGGGACACCCGACGAGGUCGCCCGUGUGACCGGAUCCUUCGUGUCCCCACAGCACGUUUCUUGGAGCAGGGUAAGUCUGAGUGUCAUUUCUUCAAUGGGACGGAGCGGGUGCGGUUCCUGGAGAGACACUUCUAUAACCAGGAGGAGCUCGUGCGCUUCGACAGCGACGUGGGGGAGUACCGGGCGGUGACGGAGCUGGGGCGGCCUGACGCCGUGUACUGGAACAGCCAGAAGGACUACCUGGAGCAGAAGCGGGGCCAGGUGGACAACUACUGCAGACACAACUACGGGGUUGGUGAGAGCUUCACAGUGCAGCGGCGAGGAGCACGGUCUGAAUCUGCACAGAGCAAGAUGCUGAGUGGAGUCGGGGGCUUUGUGCUGGGCCUGCUCUUCCUUGGGGCCGGGCUGUUCAUCUACUUCAGGAAUCAGAAAGGACACUCUGGACUUCAGCCAACAGGACUCCUGAGCUGAAGUGCAGGUGACCACAUUCAAGGAAGAACCUUCUGCCCCAGCUUUGCAGGAUGAAAAGCUUUCCCGCCUGGCUGUUAUUCUGCCACAAGAGAGGGCUUUCUCAGGACCUGGCUGCUACUGGUUCAGCAACUGCAGAAAAUGUCCUCCCUUGUGGCUUCCUCAGCUCCUGCUCUUGGCCUGAAUUCCCAGCAAUGAUGGCAGCGCCUCAUCUUCAACUUUUGUGCUCCCCUUUACCUAAACCCUAUGGCCUCCCGUGCAUCUGUACUCACCCUGUACCACAAACACGUUACAUUAUUAAAUGUUUCUCAAAGGUGGAGUUAAA